AUGUCGCCGGCGACGCCCAAUCGCGGAGGCGUGAUGGGCGACUGGAAAAGGAAUUCCAUCGCAGGCGGGCCGUCGCCCCAAGGGAUGUCGCCGGUGACGCCCAAUCAAGACAUCCCCGGCGCCUUACACUUGGAUUUCUUCUUCCGCGCCGGCGCCUCCCGCACCGCCUCCCCCUGCCAUGGAGUCGGAGGUAAUUGCUCAGGGAGCACGAGGGAGGUUGGGGCGGCGAUCACGCCAUCGUGGCCUGGAGGAUCGACAUCGACGAUCACCGAUGGGACCUUGCGGCAACCAGGAGCCGGUUCGAACGGCGCCGAUAGGACGACGCGAGUGGUGCCGCCGAGCAGGAAGCGGCGUCGGAGUGGAGCGAGAGCCCCCUGCCCGUCGUUUACCAUGUUAUCAACGAUACCCGAGCAUGACGCCACCACAUUCGUCGACAAUGAAGAUGGCGACCACCGGAUCUCGGGUCAUGGGUCGGAGACUGAGGAGAGCAUGCGGGAGGAGGCCAUGUUGGCAGCAUACAGCGAGAAGGAGGAGGAGGAGGAGCAGCAGCAGCAGCAUGGGGAGGACGUGCAGGAGGAAGAAAAGGAGGAGGAGGAGCAGCAGCAGCAGGGGGAGAACGCAGAUUUAAGAAAUUUUGUGUUUCGCAUUGGCGGCAAAGUUGUUUUUGUGUGA